AUGUCUACCAAAGUUUCUUCAAAGCGGCAGGAUUUGCAAGCAGUCCGAGGAUUGGCUAUUCUAUCGGUUCUUGGAUUUCAUUUCUACCCUAAUCAGUUUCCCAAUGGGUACCUUGGAGUUGAUCAGUUCUUUGUUCUCUCUGGAUUUCUGAUGUGCAUGUUGUUGAGUAAAACUUCCAAUAUGUCAAUUCCAGCUGUCUUUUUACACUUCUACACCCGCCGCUUAAAACGGAUCCUUCCGAUGUACUUCUUUGCAAUCUUUCUUGCUCUAAUUGCACUCUACACUGCAUUCAGUGUUACCAAUGUUCUACAGAACCAAUAUUCUGCUCUACGAGCUUUAUUCUUUACAUCUAAUCGUAAAAAGACCGGAUUUGAAGACUAUUUUGAGAUGUUGGACCUGGCAGUAGAUAUAUUCACUCAUACCUGGUCCUUAUCAGUUGAAGUCCAAUUCUACCUGAUUGUCCCGGUAGUAUUUAUGAUUGGAGAUGUGCUAUCAGGAAACAAACAACUGGGAUAUUACUACGCUUUAUGCUUGUCAUCCCUCAUUUACUAUCUUGUGUCUCCUCCAGAUGUUUCAUUCAACAGUGUGUUUGCAAGAAGUUGGCAGUUUUUAAUCGGCAUGGUAGUUCACCUGAAGCAACGCCGGGAAAGCAGUAUUCCAACAAAUGAGCCAGAGUCGGAAAAACUAUUAGAAAAUGUUUCUGGAGAAGAUAUUUCAUCAAUUGCAUGGGUUAGGUAUUCAUUUAUUUUACCAAUGAUUAGUCUGGCAUUUUUCAAAUAUGAGCUCCCUUCUACUUUAAUGCGGUUAAUAUUCACAAUAUUCACUGGAUGCUUUAUUCUAUACUCAGUGGAUGAUGACUACCUCGAAAAUCGAUUCUUAACUUACAUCGGAGACAUUUCCUAUACUCUAUAUUUAGUACAUUGGCCGGUAUAUGCAUAUUGCAAAUUAAGUUACCCGGAAAGCAUUCUAGUAUUGACUAUUGGAUUGAUAACUUCCAUAUUAUUCUCAGUAGUUUUAUACGAGACAUUUGAGAAGUGGUACUUAAAUGUUUCUAAUGUAAACGUAGCAAUUCUUGUUGUGUCUUUGUUCACGGCCAAUUUGAUUUUAAUUUACAAAGAUAACAUAUUCGAUUCAACAAAACUUUCAAUGCCGGGCAACUCGACAAGAUUGGAUGGAGUCACUGAUGAUAUGGAUGUCUACGACGCAAUUCGCUUGAACGCCUACUGGCACAUGACUGAUCUCGAAGGACUUAAGCCACCGGGAUGCAACCGGAAAUGGCCUGGAAAAAAUUGGUGUGAUUUUGAAAUGAAUGGAACCGAAUUCAAGUUGGCAGUAUUGGGGAACAGUUAUGUUGAGAAUCACCUUAAAAUGUUCAUUCAAGAAUGCGGUUACAGAUCAAACAGUCUAGCCUCGUACACCGAAAAUGCGUGUGAACCAUUGGCUGCUUAUGAGCAUAAAGCUGAUUGCAAAUCUAAAUUGAAAAACUUUAUCGAUUUCCUUGAAACCACACAACCGGACUAUGCAUUCAUUUUAACAAGAUUUUUUGCAACAGGAGUUGUAACAAACUCUACAAGCUCCACAGACGAGGACCCAAUCUAUUUGGAAAUGAGGGAGCAGAUGGGAAAACUUCUUCCAAAUAUUAAAAAGAAGCUGUAUAUUCUAGAUGCAUUUCCUAGACCGAGCAUGGUGUAUAUUUUGCAAGUGGCAAAGGAUUUGAAGAAUGGGAGAAAUGUGGAUGAGAUUCAUAAAGAUCUUGUCCAAUUCGAUACAUAUAAACUGGCUCGUCAACGGACUGAAGCCAUCGUCAAGGAAUGCGGCAAUAAGUGUGAGCUCAUCGACUAUGAGCCACUGCUAUUCAACAAAACCUCCAAUCGUUUCGAAUUUUUCGAUUCUCGGGGGUUCCUUUACUUUACAAUAGUCAAUCAUCUCUCCGCUCAUGGAGUGGAAUUGAUCCGGCCGAUAUAUACGAAAAUCUGUCAAGAUUUGAGAUGA